UUGCCCUUAGAUGUUUUGUUUUCUCAUGAGCAGCUGGACUUUAAACUUCAACAUGCAGCCAUUUUCCCCAGGAGCUGCCGGAAUGCAGGCAGGCACACAGGGUAGCAAUGGCAAGGUGCUCUUGGACAAUACUGUUUCUUCUCUCUGCCGUUUUCCUUCAGACAGAGCAGACAGUGUUUAUAUCAGCUCAUGAUGCAAACAAUGUUAUGAAGCGACAGAGGCGUGACAAUUCACGUCUUUUGGAGGAGGUCCUCCAAGGCAGCUUGGAAAGGGAAUGCCUUGAAGAGAGAUGUACGCGUGAAGAAGCAAGAGAAGUAUUUGAAAAUGAUGAAAUGCUCAAAAUGUUUUGGGAAGUCUACUAUGGUGGCAGGAGGUGCUCAUCAAGCCCCUGCCAGCACAACGGCGUGUGUGAGGACAACAUUCGUGGCUACACUUGUACCUGUGCCGAGGGCUACGAGGGAGAGAACUGUGCUUUUGCUAAAAAUGAAUGUCGUCACCAAGGAAAAGAAGGAUGUCACCAUUUCUGCUACCCAGGAAGUAACUCCUACCAUUGUUCCUGUGCUGAUGGUUAUGAGCUUGGGAAGGAUAAAAAGCAGUGCAUCGCAUUAGAUCAUUGUGCGUGUGGCAGACUUCAAGACACUGUUAAUCUGAUACACAAAACCAGGAAGAAAGAUGAUGAGCCAUUUCCUUGGCAGGUCCUGCUGCUAAACUCUGAACGGAAGGGCUUCUGUGGAGGAGUGCUGCUAAAAAGUAAUUUUGUGUUGACUACAGCAGAAUGUGCCCUUCUGCACAGCCAUUUUGAAAUCAGGGUUGGUGCUGGACCUAAUGGAACAAAUGGAACUGAGAAGAUAACACAAGUUAAAGAGAAACACAUACACAUCCGGUAUGAUGAAGACACCGGUGAUAACAACAUCGCAUUACUACAACUCCAAGAGCAUGUUGAGUGCAACAAUCACCAGCUUCCUGUAUGCAUUCCUGAAAGAGAUUUUGCAGAACACAUUUUAAUUCCAAAACUGUCUGGUACAGUCAGUGGCUGGAGAAUGGCAGGUGAUGAACUUCAAGGUGAUGAGUUGCAGGUUUCAUUUCUUCCUGCUGAAGACUGCAAACAAGUACUCAACAUAAGCCUCACAACCAGGCAGUUCUGUGGACACCUCCAGGAGGCUACAGACAAACAACUGGCUGGAGGAAGCUUUUUAGCUACUGAGUACAAGGGCACAUGGUUUCUGACUGGUAUCCUAGGAUCUUGGCCCCUAGAAGACACUGAUUGGGACACAUUUCUAUUCACAAACACCGCAAGGUAUAUCAUAUGGUUUAAACAAAAAAUGAAAUAAGACAAAAAAACACAACCAACCCUCCAGCACCUAACCAUCACAGCAAGGAAACAUUCCGAAUGCAGCCAGUACACCUGUUUGACUCUAUCAUGAUUUGCAGCAGUAGAAGUUGCAAAGAUGAUAUAUAUAUAUAUAUA